UCUGGGUCAGUUGCCCCCCCCCCCAAAGGCUACCCAUCCUGUGCUAGUGCACAACUGCCAUGACAGCCCUCCUAACCGCACAGCAACAGGGGUUGCGUGGAUUUGCUUUUAAAUUUCAAAUUUGUCCAUGUUUAAAAACUGCACCAUCCUUGGUUUUGAGCUCAAAACUGUGUCCAGACACAGAUUCAGAGUAGGGCACUGGGAUCCUCUCUGCUCUCCAUUAGUUAAGAGCCUGGGGAGGCAGGCUUUCCCCCAUUAGGAUGUUUUUCCUGCUUCUCUUUUCUCCCAAGCUUACAGAACAUGUCCUCUCUGUACUGCAUUUCACUGGCAGAUGUGGAAGCUGCACAGUCACAUCUCCAUGGCCUUAUCCACCUUGUUCACCUAGACCAGUUAGCUGGCCGCAGACUCUUCUUCAAGUGUGAGCUCUUCCAGAAGACUGGCUCCUUUAAGAUCCAUGGUGCAUUAAAUGCUGUCAGAAGCCUGGCUCUUGCAGCACCGGGCAACAGAGAGCAGCCCAAAGCCAUUGUUACACACAGUAGUGGGAAUCAUGGCCAAGCUCUUGCCUUUGCAGCUAAACUGGAAGGGAUUCCUGCCCACAUAGUGGUGCCUUGCACAGCGCUGCUCUGUAAGAAAGCUGCCAUCUGCUCCUAUGGAGCCAGGCUGGUACCAUGUGAGCCCACUGACAAGUCCCGUGCGGAGGUGGCAGCUCAGACAGUUCAGGAGAAGGAAGGCGUGAUGGUGCACUCUAGUCGGGAUCCUUCUGUCAUCGCAGGCCAAGGCACUAUAGCACUGGAGGUGCUGCAGCAGGUACCCCAGGUGAAUGCACCGGUGGUUCCUGUUGGAGGAGGAGGGAUGGUGGCUGGAAUAGCAGUUGCUGCCAAGGCUUUGAGACCGGACGUAAGAGUGUAUGCUGCCGAACCCUGCAAUGCAGAUGACAACUACAGAUCGAAGGUGACAGGGGAACUCACUCCCAACCUCCACCCUCCAGGCACUAUUGCAGACAGUGUUAAAACCAACAUUGGCCCCAACACAUGGCCUAUCAUUAAGGAUUUAGUGGAUGAUGUGUUAACUGUCUCAGAGAAGGAGAUCAAGCAAACAACACAGCUGGUGUGGGAGAGGGUGAAGCUGCUGAUUGAGCCUACAGCCGGAGUGGGAGUAGCUGCUGUGCUCUCCAAGCAGUUUCAGUCAGUCUCCCAGGAAGUGAAGAAAAUUUGCAUUGUGCUGUGUGGAGGAAAUGUGGACCUAGACUCCCUGGCUUGGCUCAACCCCCCUGGCAAAGAGGCAAAUGCAAACUGAUCAGAUUUUAGAGCGAGCCACUUCUAGGAAUGAGAAAAUGGCUCUUAGGCUUGGUCUACACUGCAGGGUUUUUGUGCAGGAAGCCUUUUGUGGAAGAGUUUUUGUG